UUCUACGUCAGUGUAUGUGCACAUACCUUCAGAUCUGCAGUUGUGCGCAGGCGCAUUUCCGCGGUCACCUGCUGCUGCAGACCAGACAGACACGACCUAGAACUGUUGUUGCCCAAUUACCCUGCAGAAAACUGCACUCCACCUGUUCAGGGACAGGAAAUCGUCUGGCGUAAACGGCAGGUUAUGUAUUUUACAAAAGAGUGUUGUGCAGAUGUGAUGCUGGAGAAACAGGCUGUGGAGCUCUGAGCCUCCCAUGGCUGUCAGCACCAUGGAUUCUGAGUCAGCCCAGACACCUCAGCCCCAGACUGACCUGACUGAAGGAGGCCGCUCCCUGCUAUCUGCUGGAGCUCUGAGUGCCAGGCUGAGCACUCAAGGGAAACACUAUGUCUGCGGCUCCAUUGCAGCUUUUACCAACAUUGUGGUGACUUUCCCAAUCCAGAAAGUGCUGUUCCGCCAGCAGCUGCAUGGUGUGUUUGUCACUGAGGCGGUGCGGCAGCUCCAGAGGGAUGGGCUGAGGAAUCUUUACCGAGGCCUGCUACCCCCGCUGCUCCAGAAGAGCACUACAGUGGCCAUCAUGUUUGGCCUGUACGAGGACUUCUCUAGACUCUUACUAGACCAGGCCAAAGGUAGUGGUGUGCCGGAGCUGGUCACCCGAAGUUUUGCUGCAGCUUUGGCAGGAACUACAGAGGCCCUCCUGACGCCAUUUGAGCGUGUGCAGACUCUCCUACAAGACCAUCGACACCACGGGCGCUUCAACAACACAGUUCACACCUUCCGGACACUUCUGACUGAGUAUGGUGUCAGAGAGUGCUACCGAGGCCUGGUGCCCAUAAUUCUCCGUAACGGCCCCAGUAAUGUGCUCUUCUUCGGGCUCCGCGGGCCCAUUAAGGAGCAGCUCCCAGAAGUCACUAGCCGGGCAGGUCACAUGAUGAAUGAUUUUGUGUGUGGAGGGGUGUUGGGGGCAGCCCUUGGCAUUAUGUUUUAUCCCUUAAAUGUGGUCAAGUCUCGGGCUCAGUCUCAGGUCGGUGGAGCCUUCCAGCCUUGCAGGCAGGUGCUGCUAACAGUGUGGAGAGAAAGGGGUGGCAGUCUGGCCAUGCUCUUCAGAGGGGCCCACCUAAACUACCACCGUUCACUCCUCUCCUGGGGGAUCAUCAAUGCCACCUAUGAGCUGCUGCUGAAGGAGAUGACAAAAUAGAUAUAUAUAGAGCAAGAGAAAGCAUUUAAAGGGAAAAAGCUGUAUGGAGUGAGCGAGUGAGUUUGUUGAAAAUAAAGGAAAUCGUAAAGUGAAGCCGAUAAACUUGCUGUCUGGCACUAUUUUUGGGACGCUGGAGUUUCACCAGACUGAAAGACAGUAGCCAAGUUGCACUUCUGACAGGGGCCAACAGUCAGUGUGAGAUAACCCUGCCACAUGCCAUGACUAUUAACUGUUGUCCAAGUAUUGAAAGACACAUGCUUUAGCCUAUAAAAAACUUGUGCCAGGGUCCAAUUUAAAAUGCCCUUGUUUGCUUUCUGUAAAAUGAAUGUUGUGGAGCAAACUGAACUUGAGUGCUUUUUUCCACAGUUUCAAGCAAAGGUUACUUAACUGGAUUAACUGUUUCUUUGUGUGUGCUGUGGUGUUUUGUAGACAUGUGUCUUUGUUUGACCAAGAGCAUUUUCUCUGUGAGGCUGUAUUCUGCCCCUUCACUGAAACACUUUUGUACGCUUGAUCAUUGAAAUUCCCCAACAUUUAUUAAGGAGAGUGUAAUGAAGAGUGUUUGCUGUUUUUACUCCAUCUCUAACUAUUCUGUCUAUAUGUUUAUGAGAUCAAAAGGAUAAUAUUCAAGAAAUUGUUGUAAUGAGUAUCAGUGAUAUACAUGUUCUUGGAAAUACUGUCCAGCAGACACACACAGGCUAUUUUAAACAGUUUCUCCUUGAUUCAUCUUUGCCAAUUGGAACUAAAAUGUUUCGUCAAGCACUAUUUUUCUUGGUUUGUUUUAUGAAGUGCUCCUGGCAUGUGUUGUUUUGAGAAGUGCCCAUUGCUGUCAGUAAAACAUACAGUUACACCCAGAUCUUGUCCUGUUUUUAUAAUUGGAAAGGAAGAAAUGUAUGUUUAAUCUAGAUUUCUUUUGCAACAAAUAAUCCCACAAAAAAAACGUUCUCUUGCUUUAAGAGUUGUUGUUUUUACAAAAUCUUUGCAGUUUCAGAAAAAGACCUUCAGGUAUUACUUUGACAAUGCACCGUUGCUGCAUUUGUUCAUUUUCUUAGCUAAUUAAUUAAUUAAUUAUUAAUUAUAAAACUCCUCACGUGCUCCACAAUAUUUGUUUCCUUUUUAUGAACUUUAUAUCACUUGUUUUAUACAUGUAUCUCUCCCCCUCUAUUCACUCUUUUUAUAUCUUUCCUUCUCUCACGCUUGCUCUCCUCUCUGUCUGUAACAUCUGUUGACAUAAUGGGCUCAGAUUUCAAGCUUGAGUAGACGCUGUCACCAUGCAGCAGCUCUUGUUGGCUACGACAGCCCGAAGAGGAAAUGCAUGCUGUCUGGACAUAGAGAGAGAGAGAGAGAGACUGAACUGAGUAAUGGUGCUGAGAGAAGACUGGGGCAGAGAGUAAUGUUCAGUGGCACAAAAAGCUCAAGCUGCCAUGUAAAUGGAUCACUUGGCCUAUUUCUCCAAUUCUUUUCAUUUUGACUGUCCACAGUGUGCUGUUUCCUGAGCAUCUUUUCAGGAUUUUCCAGGGUUUCCUCUAUAAAAGUUAGACUUUAAAUUGAAUUAUGUUUUGAAAGUGGCAUACCCUCACUCAUAUUAAAUAGUGCUGUUCAUAAUUGGCACUUUUCCUGUAGUCAUCAAAUCACUAUGAAAAUGUCAAAUUAAAUAUUGCAAACAAAUAAAAUAUAUUAAACAUGU